AUGGUUGUAGACGGAACUUGCCACAAGACAACUCUGCAAGCAUGUCCAAUCGCACUCGGUUGCCAACCUGCCUUCUCCCACCCCAUCGACGCCUCCUCGUCCUCCAAGUUAGCAACACCCUUGGCGGUCAACAGCUGCUUCCCUCUCCCCGUCUGCCGCUCCUUCAAAGAGAAAUUCAAGUCGAACCAACCCAACAAACGUGGACAGCAUCAGGCUUUGAUCUCGAAACAGGCCUUUUUGGGUGACCCGGAUCAGGCCCAUUGGACGUCUGAUUUUGACCAUGUUGUAGAUGAUCAUGCAGUUGUUGAUACCAAGGGCAAGAAACUGGUUCUUAAAGCCAAACGGGACAAGGUGAAGACCAAGAGUGGAGGAGGAUUCGGCGCAACAGUCUCAUCAACCCGCUGGAACCGGUACGGCACCUUCGCGACUCAAUUCAAGGCCGGUUCUACUGGUCCCGGUAUCGUCACAGCCUUCAUACUCUCGAACCCUGCCCUCGGUGAAGAGAUCUCGUUCCAGAUCACGGGUCGUGACCCCAAGACUGUCCUUACUGAAUACUAUAAGCAUUCUACUGAGUCCUCGGAGAGUGUGAAGGACGGACACGAUAACGCAGGAGGAGGGGGAGGGUGGAUGUCAGCGUCGGUUCAGGGACUCCAUUGGCCUCAUUUGCCGUCGGUCCUGUCGAUCGAGAGUAUUACCACUCGUGGACGGAAGAUCAAGGACCUCUUGUUGCACAAGACCCAUGAUGGUAACGACGGUACCUCCGCUGGGAAGAGUGGUAAGAAUAUCAAGGAUUUCAAGACCACCAACAAACACGGCUCUGUCGACAACGGCGACGAUGACGGCUCAUUGGAGGAAUCCCACCUGCUCAAGAAAUCGGCGACCGAGAACGACCUCGUCUACAAGAUCGAAUGGACCCCCAAAAAGAUCGAAUGGUCCAUCGACGGUCAAGUCAUCCGCACUCUCCGACCCAAAGACCUCCUUCAAUCUAAGAAGAACCUCGAAAUCCCUUCGCAGCCGAUGCAGAUCCAAUUGACGAUCUGGGAUGCAGGACACAGCAAAGAUACGAGGGCCUGGGCGGGAGGUGAGACGGAUUAUGGCGAGAAUGACGAAAGAGAGUAUGUUACCUUGGUCGAUUGGAUCGAGAUUGCCUGCUAUGACAACAAGGAGGCGAAGAGGAACCCAUGGCCCGGCAAGGACGCAUCCGCACGGUUGGCACAGGCCGAGGCUGAGAUGCGCAAGGCCGAGGAAGAGAAGGAGGCGAGAAAGAAGGACAAGGCCAAGGAGGUACAACAGGCGUCCUCCUCGACCAGAGGGUGGCUCUCGUUCGGAGGCAGCAAAAACGGUAGCGGUGACGACUCAACAGCAACAACAACCGCCGACGUCAAGCCAAAGUCGAAGAAGCAACUGAAGCAGGAAGAGAAGCAGCGGAAGAAGGAUGAGAAGUCCAAGAAACAAGCCGCCGCCCAGAAGGAGAAGGAGAGGCGGGCGAGGGAGCCAGGAGUCCUGUCGAGGUUCUCGGAUCGUGUGAUUCGUAUCUUGUUGCGCUGGAACUUUAUCGUCUUGUUCCUGGUCGCCACGGGAUCCUACUUAACCGAACCCGCCAACGCCCGCAAGUUCCACCCCGCGUCCAAGGACAUGCUUGGCAUGCAGCAGCGAGUUGAAGUUGAUUGA